GGCCGGGAUGGAAAAGAUGAAGGAGGAGAACGAGCAAAAGGAAUGUGGCUUUGAGCACAGUCUUGAAAGUGCUGUAAAAGAUGAUGAGAACCUUGCAAAACCUUUACAAAGUUCACAAACACAUCAUGACUCAAACAUCACUUCUCAUCCUCAUCCUGUUCCUCAUGCCACUGCCGAAGAGAUUGCGAACAAUAUCUUUUUGAGCUCAAUGGCUGAUGAAAACGAGAAAAAGAUUCCCUCUCAACUCGUUGAAGGUCAGGCUACAAAUCAGCCUUUGACUGCAAAUCCUACACCUCCAACAGAGUCUAACUCUGAGAAUGGCUGUACAAAUACGGUCAACAACAAUCCUUCCAACGUUGUCUCACCCAAAUUGCAGGAAGAACAAUUGAAUGGUACUUAUCCAACGCCAUCACAAGGAAGUGAAAGGCAAACGAUCGAUCGAAAGUUCACACCUUUCUUCCCAACAGCUCCUGCAGCAAUGACAAGCGAAGGUAGUGUUGAUGGAGUAUCAGUGGAAAUGGGUUCGCCUGAGAAUGGCGUUCGUAUCGAUCAACACAAUGUUGAAAAAGGUGCUGCUAAAGCUGAGCAUUCAAUGACAACGCGAAGCAAAGAUAAUUCUAUUCACCAUUCUGAACAGCAAAUGCAAUAUCCAACGCUUCCAAUUUCAAACAAUUCAAGCUUUGAUCAAUCUGCUCAUCAAAAUGAUACCCAAAACCUUCAUCCUCACAAUGGAUCGAUGCAACAAGGUUUAAAUGCACCUUAUUGUCAAAGUGCCCCGCCAACGAUCACUUCUUUUGAAGGUGCUCUCAACUCGCCAACGCAUCCAACUGGUCCCAUGUAUCAUAACAAUUACUAUAAUCCGCCAUAUACCUCUACGUACGGUCAAUCACAGCCGUACUAUCAACAACAAAACCAACACAACUAUGGACAAGCUCAAAGCUAUGAUCAUACUUUUCAAUCACAUGCUGAUCCACAAGGUCAAAUGUCCCAUUCCAAUUCAUCAUCAAUGAUGCAUAGUCAAAAUGGCGGUCUUGAGCCACCUCCAUUCUUUGGAAGCGCUGCAACGAGCGUGACGAGUUAUGAUUCUGAAGUCGGCAAAUCGUAUCACCAACAAGCUCAUCACUAUUAUCACGGCUCUGUUCCAGUUCCAAGUGAUGAUCUGCGUCGUUCUGCCAGCUCUCAAAGAUUGGGAACAAAUGGCUAUCAGCCUUACACUGUUCCAACUCAAGCUCAUCGAGGAACUUCACAUAUGGGCCUGCCCGGUCAAAUUGCUACAUCUUCAAUCUUCAUGGCCAAUACCAACAAUAUGCCUGAUUUACGUUUAAAUCCAGGUGCAAUGCAUGCAGGCGCAUCUUACGGUCGUCUUCCGGAUGGCAAGAUCAUUGAACUUUUUCCUGCAAUGAUGAGAACUGUUCAAGCAUGCGAAUAUUGCAGAAGCAGAAAGGCAAAAUGCACUGGUGGGUUACCAUGCGACCGUUGUGCAAAGAAAAAGAUCAAAUGUGAGUAUGCUCAAUUGGACAAAAAGCGAAAGAUCAAGACUACAACGAGCGAAUAUGAUAUGAGCAGUGGUGCAGCGCGUAUGGCAGCAAACAAAACAAUUGAACAAGCCCAAGCUCAACUUUCGGCAAAGAUUGGCAUCAAUAAUGACAGGCAUGAUGACGGCAUGAUGGGCCAUCCUUCUUACUCUUCUGGAGGUAGAAGUGCAAGCGGUCGUAAUAUGCGAAUGUCCAAAAGUACGCCAGGCUUGGAUUCCGAAUCGCAAAAAGCAAAUUCACGCAGGAUCAUGAGCAGUGAAAAUAUGAUCAGGCUUGCUGUAGAUCCGAUUAUGGAAGAAGUGGAUGAAAAUAUCAGUGCGCAAGUCAUGUUCGCAAAGCCUAGGUUCACAGCGCCAAUCCUUUCGAACCUUUCUCGUAAUGCACACAUUCCUGCACCAAUGCAAAACCGAGAAGGUCACUCACCUGCGUCUGAAUCUCAAUCAGAGCUUGAUUUGGGUCAACAAAGCUCAAAUGUUGGACCGGUGAUUCAAAGUGAGCUGGAAGCUGAUCAAGAAUUGCAAAAUGAAGUUGCUCGAACAACGUAUUCCAGCUUUCCCAACCUGAAUGUCUUUCCUCCGCUAAACGAUAGUGGUGAGGAUGCUGUCAAUCUUAACCGCAGCCUAUACGGUUAAGCAAGCUUCUCUAUGCCAAUGCAAUGCGCUUUUGUCAAUUUACUUUAUGAUAUGCUUCUUACCGAUUCUCAACGACAUGCUCAAUCUAUGAUCCUGAUGUUCUCGUUUCCCUUCCCGUUUUCUCAAUUACCAUC